AUGGAGGCCUGCCUGGUGCCCGGGGUGGCCCUCUGCCUCCUGCUGGGGCCUCUGGCAGGGGCCAAACCUGUGCAGGAGAAGGGAGACCCCUAUGCGGAGCUGCCGGCCAUGCCCUACUGGCCUUUCUCCACCUCUGACUUCUGGAACUACGUGCAGUACUUCCAGGCCCUGGGCGCCUACCCCCAGGUGGAGGACAUGGCCCGCACCUUCUUCGCUCACUUCCCCCUGGGGUCCACCCUGGGCUUCCACAGCCCCGACCAGGAGCAGUGAGG